ACCUAGGACUAAAGGAGGACAUGGACAUUCCCAGGAUAGAACUGCAUCUAUUAUUCAAGGAACUACUGGACAUGCACAUGUCUCUAGUGUGAUAGUAACAACGUUUUCUCCAACAGAAACGUUUAAAUACAAAUGCCCGAAAAGCUGUGUGUAUUGUGGGGUUGCUAAAAAGAAAUGUAUGGCUUUAGAUGAAUAUGGAGACAUUUUAUCUACGUUUACUGCAGAACAAGUGUGGUUAACUGCCUUUCAACAGUUCAAAGAGAUGGGUACGUUCAAAAUUGACAUCCAGAUAGCUACAUGUGAUGGAUUUAAGUCGUUCUUCGGAGCCUUCGCUGUACUUACCACAGCUGUCAAGACGAAUUUGGCAAACUUCCUGGCCGAUCCCUCUAUCGUUACAGCCGCUCAAAUUGAACAGUUUCCAGGUGAAAUAUUUUCAAUGUUAAAGUCUGAAGUUCAAACACGCGUGUUCAGCGGUAUGACAUUAGCACAGAAGGGGGUUGUUUGUAACGGAUGGAAAUCUAAGGAUUGCUUGACCAAAAUCGUCAUCAAAGACUUAUUGAGUUGCGUGAAUAUUCUUGAGAGUAACGGAGUGACUUUGACAACUGACGAGAAGAAAAAAAUUGUCGAUACGGAUUCGUACGAUACCUGGUCCGAAGAUGAGUGGAUUACGGCAGCACAACAGUUCCCAGAGGUGUUAAAUAAGGCGCAAUACAUGAGUAUGCCUAUUACUGUGAUGGUAGAAACCAUGGUAAAUAUCAAAGCAAUCGCCAAAGAACUUCAGAAAGGUGCAAUUUUUGCCAUCAAGAAACGUUUAAAGGAGUAUAUGUUGGGUCAAAUGCUGAAUGUAACGUCGGCCACACAGAGAGACUGGGUGGAUCUGAUGAAAGAAUUCGGUGCUGAACCAAAGCUAUUCAGUGACGUCCUAGGAGUAGCGGCA